AUACGGUAUCGCAGUGCUGGCCGUGUUGCGCCCCCCAAAAAAGGUUUAUUAGGUAGAAAUGGUGUGGACUUCACAGAGCUCUGAGUCACGAGACAAGAGGACCGCAUUCAAAUUGCAAUGGGACCAUGGCCGCAGCAAAGGCGGCUCAUUCGCCUUUGAGAUCGCAGCUGGGGUCAGCAUUCUGCCCCCGCUUAACGAAGAGGGAAGCCCCCUGUUUGGAAGCAAAAUCUUGCCACACAGUAAGCUGCUUUCGCUCCGUAGAAUCGGUACUCCUGUCAUCAUCCAUACGCCGCAGGCAGCUGUCUUAUGCUGGCUAUGCAUGCUCAAAUGCUUCUGAGCCGUGUUUAGGAGACCUAGGGCUGCGUACCUGUAGCCAAUUGUUCUCUUCAAAGGGUCUUACCGGAGGAAAUUGGCAAUUCACGCAAGGGGGCCGGAGACCGCCACUGGCCCGAAGCAUGGGGGCUGGGGGCGACACUCCGCAAGAUGGUAAGGUUAUUGUUGUGACGGGGGUGAGCAAGGGCCUGGGCCAAUCGUUGGCGGUGGAACUUGCGUCUCGGGGACACACUGUCGUAGGUUGUGCACGAUCGGAAGCAGCUGUGAAAGAACUUGCGGACAGGCUAGGUGAUCGACACUCGUUUUCAGCGGUGGAUGUGGCGGCCGACAAGGAGGUGAAGAGCUGGGCCGACGCCACUGUCGAAAGGUUCGGAGUUCCAGACAUCCUUGUAAAUAACGCUGGGCUCAUCAACAAGAACGCACCGCUGUGGGAGGUACCCGUUGAGGAGUUUGAUGCGGUCAUUGACGUCAACAUAAAAGGGACGGCCAACGUUAUCAGGCACUUUGUUCCUCACAUGGUCGCGAAGCAGAAGGGCGUCAUUGUAAACAUGUCGUCGGGGUGGGGCCGGAGCGCAGCGCCAGACGUUGCUCCGUACUGCACCACCAAGUGGGGCGUCGAGGGCAUGUCCCGCUCCUUGGCCCGGGAGCUGCCACGUGGCUGCAUAGCAGUGGCUCUGAACCCGGGGGUCAUCAACACGGACAUGCUGCAGUCCUGCUUCGGAUCGUCCGCGUCCAUGUACCAGACACCGGACACGUGGUCACGGGACGCCGCAGACCUGAUUCUGAGCAUCAAUGUCAAUGACAAUGGCUCAUCUAUGACUGUGACGUAGUGGACAGUGGCUAUCGGGUAGCCCUCCUGAUCCGCUUCAAUCGGAUUUCAAGGGUGCGUCUGGAUUUAGGUCCAGUUCUUGCCUGGCAAGGCGGAGAGCAUGUACGAAUGCUGCCUUUCUUUCAACCGUAACAACCGCGCUGAUGGCGUCUCGGAACAAUUCGAAUUGGGAAUGUAUUUUCAGCAUCUCCUCGGCAUGCCUAAGUAGCUUUUGGCUUCCGGCCCA